AGGAGCCGGACGGAGAUGAUGCCAUGGCUUCUGGAGGCAAGGGGACCACCGAAGCCUUCAAGGAGUCCUAUCCCAUGGCCUACAGCAGCACCAGAGAGGGAAAGUCUUACUUUGGGGCGUUGAGUUGUGGAACGAAAAUGGCGGUGACCUUUCCUGUUUUGUCCUACUCAGCCUUGAGGUACUUUGAGGUGGGGUACAUGAAGAAGUUCUACACAGAUGACUACCCAAGAGCUUCGCUUCUGUGCCGCAACAGAGACCUCAGUGGGCUAGACGGACCUCGCCCGCAGGGUGUUUCCAUGUGUUUCCCCUCCUCACAACCACCAGAUGUUCAUGCAUGGUCAGAUCGACAGCAUUUGACACCUCAAGAAGAUGCACAAGAAAAUAGGCUCACGAGUCAGACGAAGAGAAUCAACCACCAUAAUCCAGUUUGCUAUUCUAAAUAUAUAGACUUAUACCGAGUCAAACGGUGACAGUCGAGUCCAACACCAUGUUUUUUUUUGCAGUCUUCAGUCUCCCGAAUGCAACGCAUGUUUUCACUCCAUGCAUGUCGUAAGUGAUGGAAUACCGAUAUUUGAUCCCUUUUAGAUCCAAACCAUCCCAAUUCGCGGGCCCAUAUAUCCAAAUUGAGCAAAAAAAAUCCAAUAUUUUCAAAAAUACAGUAAAACCUGUAUACUCAUGCAGUAGGCCCUCCACAAAAACCGGGCAGCUCUCCUUCGUUUCGUCUCUCCGCGUUUUGGGGCCGUCUUCCAGCGACUAAGACUGUUUGAUCUGGAUCCCGUGGUGUCUCGGGGCCCGGCAGGCUCACGGUGGUCUCGACCUUCAUCAUCAUCGCCACCCUUUUAGACUUAGCCUUUGAUCCCUUCAUCGCCGCUUUGACCGACAGCACCCGCCGCAUUUGCGGCCGAGACUGGGGCCGGCGACGGCCCUUCCUUUUCGCGGCUAGCUUCAUUGCAGCGACGUUCUACACCUUGUCCUUCGCUCCGCCGGUGAGCCUUUCUGCAGAGGCCCAAGCCAGCGCAGACCAGUGGUAUGCGGAG